UCCUUGAUACUGCUGGGUUGGGCAGACUUUCUGCUCCUUCCUCUCACCAUGGGGCAGAGGCACCUGCUGUUGCUGCUGCCCCUUGCCUUGUAUGCCCUGGCUCUGCUAUUGACCACGCACGCAGCUGGGCCUGCACGGACAACCAAGGGCAACCGGACACAGGGGGCAACAGUGCCCCGGCGAUCCUCCAAGCUCAUUAAGGAGCAACUGAACCAGACACUGGCCAGUACAUCCCCCUCUGUCGUGCCAGCUGGUAGCGUGGGCAGCCGUGCACGCAGCGGAGGUGGAGAGAAAGGGCCAUCAAGAGUGGCUUCCAGUGGCAGUGCAGGCAGCUCAAGCCCAGCAUAUGAUACGUGCAUGGGCUACUAUGAUGUAAGUGGACAGUGGGACAAAGAGUUUGAGUGUAACAACAGCCAGAAGGAUUUUCGCUACUGUUGUGGUACCUGCAAUUACCGCUUUUGCUGCAACAAGCGUUCUGAGAAGCUUAACCAGUACAUGUGCCGUAAUAAUGGCCGUGGACCCACUACAGAUUCAAUGACUACUGCCACUAGUAAUGGUGGACCUGGAGAGAUAUCCAAUGUCUAUGACCCAAAUGAGGACACCACUAAUGCUACAGUCUACAUUUCGUGUGGAGCCGUUGCCUUUGUUGUCAUUGCAGGCAUUUUUGCCAAGGUGGCCUAUGACAAGGCACGACAGCCACCACAGGAGAUGAACAUCCACAGGGCUCUGGCCGAUAUCCUCCGGCAGCAGGGACCAAUCCCCAUAGCACACUGUGAAAGAGAGACUAUCUCAGCUAUAGAUACCUCCCCCAAAGACAACACACCAGUCCGAACAUCCUCAAAAAACCACUACACACCAGUGCGCACCUCCAAGAGCAAUCCAGGUCACUAUGGAAAGGAUUUUUAUCGAACUGGAGGUCCAGAUUUCCAUAAUUUCAUCUCCUCCGGGUUUGUCACAUUAGGAAGAGGACACAGCAAGGAAAAGCCACGGAUGAACAGUAUUCUUACCUCUGCAACUGAGCCCUACGAUCUCUCCUUUUCUAGGUCCUUCCAGAACCUCUCUCACCUCCCACCGUCCUAUGAAUCUGCAAUCAAGACUAACCCAAGUAAAUAUUCUUCCCUGAAGAGAUUAACUGACAAGGAUGCUGAAGAAUACUACUCAAGAAAGAGGCACCUUCCUGACUUAGCAGCAAGAGGGACUCUCCCUCUCAAUGUCAUCCAGCUAACCCAGAAACAGACCAACCAAAGGGAGCGGCCAUGCCGUGUGAUGCGGGCCAUGUCCCAGGACCGAGUGCUGUCCCCAGAAAGGGUUAUGCCUGAAGAAUUCAGCAUGUCUUAUGAGCGGAUCCUCUCUGAUGAACGGUUAUUGUCCACUGAACGCCUACAUUCCCAAGACCCACUGCUGUCUCCAGAGCACUCAGGUUUUGGAGAGCAGUCUAUGUCACGGGCUUUGUCACACUCAGACGUCUUUGUUUCUACACCUGUCUUGGAUCGUUACCGGAUGACUAAAAUGCACUCCCAUCCCAGUGCCUCAAAUAACUUAUACAACACCUUGAGUAUGAACCAAACCUCUGCCAAGCGCCAGGCAUUCGCCUCCAGGAGGCACAACACAGUGGAGCAGCUACACUAUAUCCCAGGACACCACCAUUACCGCACAGGUAGCAAGACAGAGGUGACUGUUUGA